CGCCAGCAGCACUGUAGAGAGAAAAUGGCGGCGUCCACCGAAGACGACGGCAUGGGAUCCACAGCACGGACUCUCGAUUCAGAUCAAGUGCAUGUGUCCAAAUGCCUCGAAGAAUUUGAGUCAUGCACGAAGAAACCGGAAACAUUUCUCGAGGUCCAGCUGGAGGUAGCUGAAACAAUGAAGAAGUUAACGAAAGAUCUGUACGACGUCGUGGACCAGUGGAAAGGAAAGACAAAUUCCUCACCGAAAGCAGAACUGCCGUCACUGGUUGUUGACAACUUCGACGACGAACAGAUCUGGCAGCAACUGGAACUGCGAAACACUCGCCUUGUUAAGGACCUGAUUUCAUCGGUGUCCCGAGUGGCAACCAAGUCUACUAUUAGCUUUGGCGUAGACUUGGGGGAGCAGAAAAGUCAACAGGGACACGAGAAACAUAACACAGGUGACACUGACAAGUUGGAUCUCGGGGACAGCGCUGCGGAAGAGGAAGAUGAUGAAAACGAUGACUUUGACUUCUCGAAUGCGUCUGAAGAUGAUGAAGAGACUGAUGAAGAAGCCGGUGACGACAGGACUGAUGGCGGUGAACACGGUCAAGCACGAGAUACACAACCGUCGUCUAUCGUCGAUGACGCGUUCUUCCGUCUUGCCGACAUGGAAGCAUUUGCCGAUAGGGAAGAAAAGGCCAUGGAUGCUCCAGGAAGUGAUUCAGACGAGGACGACGACAUUGAUUAUUUUCGCGAGCUUUCGUCGGACGAAGACGAUCCAAGAGAAAAGGGUGGCCGCAAUGCAACGUACAAAGACUUUUUUGAUCCCCCUGCCUCCAUGCCAGGCACCGAAAAUGCCAAGAAUGCUGGCAAGGCUGCCACGAGGAUGAAUGAACACAGAAAAACUAAACAGAAUGGCACAGCAAAAGAUGAUGUUCAAAAAUCAUCUUUCGAGCAAAGCCAAGAAUUUAUUAAGAAAAAAAUCAAGCAGUUUGAGGAACGAAACCUCGAGCCACGACCAUGGCGACUCCAGGGAGAGGUAGAAGCUACCGCAAGACCUGAAAACAGUCUGCUGCAGGAGCACAUCCAAUUCGAUCAUGCGACAAGACAGCCUGUUGCCAUCACUGAUGAGACUACAAAGUGCUUAGAGGAUGUGAUACUACAGAGGAUACGAGACAAAGCCUGGGAUGACGUUGAACGAAAGACUAGGCCAACGGAGGAACCAUUUGAGCUGCGCCGACGGGUCACACUGGAUCAAGAGAAAAGCAAACUCAGUUUAGCACAGGUUUACGAACAGCAGUUCUUGGAGAAGCAGAAGGCCGCUGAUGAAGACGCACCUCCCAAAGAGAAUCCUGCCCACGUGGAGAUUCGAACAGCCAUGCGGGACUUGUUCACAAAGCUGGAUGCAUUGUCCAACUUCCACAUGAUGCCAAAGCCUGUUUCAGCUGAGGUGAAGGUAGUGAGCAAUCUUCCAUCAUUGAGUGUAGAAGAGGUGACUCCAGUAGGAGUGAGCGACGCUUCCCUCCUGGCACCUCAGGAGGUCAAGACCAAGCCAAAGAGAGAGCUUGUCUCCAAGGGCGAGAGGACUCGCACACAGAAGCUCAGAGAACGAAGGCUUAAGAAAGCUCAGAAACGCCGAGCCGCCAAGGCUAAUAACAAGGCUGGCAAAGUCUCUGAAGAAAAGAGGAAAGUGAUCAAGGCAACCAAUACAGAGCUUGCCAAACCUGUCAAGGGUUCAAAAUCAGCCAAGGGUUCUAAAGCCGUCAAGGGAAAAAGUGACAAGGUGGGCAGAGAAGAGCCUUUCCUCAUCGAAGAAGUUCUUUGAGCGGCUUCAGGAUCAAGUUACAUCUGCUGUUGCACCAGCAAAGAAAAAAACAAAAAAGAAAGAUGCUGUUGUUGCUGCUAAUUUUAAACUGUAAAUACAUGUAUAUAACAUUCAUCGUCUUGCCUGUAUUCAGUCUGCACAAAGUGUAUUUUGCUGUAUAAUGCAUAAAUAAUUAAAUUGUAUUGACAUAGACAUUUUAUAACAGUGA